AAGAUAUCGGAUUAAGUUGCCAAGCGAAAUCUUUCCAUAUAGGUAUGUAGCUAUAUCCGAGGAGUUUAAAUUCAAAGUGAACAAUGGCUUCAAUAAAGCUAGUAUCGUUUGAAGAAGAACUGAAGAAGAAUCCCGAAUUAAAAGAGUCAGAUAUACAAAUGUUGAGAGAAUGGUGUGAAAAGCAACCUCAUCUGCCUAAAAUAUCAGAUAGCGAAUUAGCGUUGUUCUUGCAUAGUAAUUAUUAUCGACUUGAACCGACGAAAACUACUAUCGACACCUUUUUCACAGUUAGAACUCACGUACCUGAGUUUUUCUGUAAUCGAGAUCCUAUUAACAAUAAGGAGUUUAAAAAAGCAACUGAAACGGUAACGAACAUAAUUUUGGAAGGAACUACUAAAGAAGGCUAUAAAAUUAUUUAUGGAAGACUCCUAGAUGACGAACCAUCGCAUUUCGUUUACAACGAUACUAUGAAAUUUCUGAAUAUGGUGUUUGAUUUAUGGCUCUAUAUGGAAGGCACUUGUGAUGGUCAUGUAUUAUUAAUCGACAUGAAAAACGUUUCUUUGGGCCACGUCGGCCGUUUGAGUCCCAUGGCCUUAAAGAAAUUCCUUUACUAUUUACAAGACGGGUUACCUGUUAGAUUGAAGAGCUUUCAUUUCAUGAAUGCUUCUCCGGUAAUAGAUCUCAUUUUGAAUAUGAUGAGACCUUUCAUGAAAAAGCAGCUGAUGGACAUGUUUCAUAUGCAUACUACGAGUGAUACUUUGGAGAAAUUUGUACCUCUCGAAGUUCUUCCAAACGAAGCAGGCGGUCAAGCUGGACCUAUACAAGACUUACAUAAUAAUCAAGUGAAAAAACUGAUAGAUCACAUUGCCUGGUUCCAAGAAGAUGAAGCUAAUCAUCGCGUUAAUGAAUCGCUACGACCGGGCAAGGCAAAGACGGCAACGGAUUUAUUUGGCGUUGAAGGAAGCUUUAAGAAGCUCGAAAUUGAUUGAUGGAAUGAUCAUAUUUUGCAACACAGAUACGCGAUGAUAUUAUUGAUCUUAUAUUUAGAACACUAUAACACAGUUUUCGAAAAUGAAAACAUUAAUCUAUCUGACGUUUAUUAUUACACAGAAAGGACAGUUU